AUGAAUGAUUACAUUUACAACUCGUUACCUGUUGGCACUCAAUCAUCAUUUAAAAAUAUUCAUAAUAAUAAUAAUAAUAAUAAUAAUAAUAAUAAUAAUAACAAUUAUAAUUUCUAUACAACGACAUACACUACUACUACUACUACUACUACUACUACUACAGCAGUAGUUGAUACUACUAAGACGCUCUCAGUCAAUAAAAACUUCGACUGUAAUAAUGUUGUAUCCAGUGAUCAAAAGGAUUAUAAUAAUAAUUAUUAUGAUUAUGUAACACAAUCACAACAAUUUGAACCAAUUACUUUUUCUUUGUUCAAUGUUCAAAAAUCAAAUGAUUCAAUUGUCAAUAAUGAUCAAUAUGAUGUGUCUAAUGCAGGGAAUUCAGUGAAUCAUAAUGAUGAUGGUAAGGUAUCAUUGAAUCAGCAUUGUAUUGCACCAACACAAUCAUGCUUCUUAUAUUAUCAAGGGAAAUCUAAUAAUGAAUUGACUAAGGAUGUAUAUAACUCAAUGCAAACAAACAAUUUGAAUGAAAUCUAUUUAAACUAUGCUACUGAUAAAAAUAAUUAUAAUUCUGUAUCAUCACUAACAACAUCCAGGGAAUAUCAUCAACAGACAAUUCCUCCUCUUACCAAUACUUCUAAUCUUUUAAGUAAAUUUAUGCAUACAACUGAUUGUAGUCAGCAGACAUUAGUUACAGAAUCUUUUGAUAUAACAACAUGUAAAACAGAAAAUUCCUUAUGUCAUCAUUCAUCAGAAGUAUAUGAUAGAUGUAUUAAUCAAUCGAUGAAAAAUUAUCCUAAGAGCAGUAGAGAAUUUGUAUAUUUGAAUGAAAAUUCUCAUUUACCACAUCAACGAUUACCCAGUUCAACUUCUGAUCUACAUUGCCCUAAUUUCAAUGAUCAUUCCAUAAUGUCGAAAUAUAAUGGAAUGAAUACUUCACAUACAAAAUCUACUUAUCCUUUACGAACUGAAAUCAAUAGAAGACGUAAAUCCCCCAAUCAUGUCACAUUAGAUAAACCAAUGAGUCUAUUGCAUAAUCAACGUGCAUCUUUAUCGAAAUAUCAACAUACAUUUAAAACAAAUAGACCAAUACAUAAUAAAUUGACUCAUCAUACUACUACUACUAAUACUACUAACAAUUAUAAUACUACUACUCGUCAUUUAAAAUCAUCACAAAAUCAACACCAGGCUAUUGAUAAAAAUUAUUGUCAUUCAAUUAUUCCUAAUGAGAAUUUAUUAGAAUCAUUCAAUAAUAAUGAAAAUAAUUCAAAAGAAACAAAUCAAACAAUCGUACCACUUCCACCACCAACAUCUUCAUCAGCAUCAAAUAAUCAUAGUAGUCUACUACUAUCACGUUCACCAUAUAAAUGUCGUAAAUGUAAAGGACAUGGUAUGUGUGAACCAGUAAGACAACAUAAACGUAAUUGUCCAUAUCGUGAUUGUUCAUGUGAUAUGUGUUAUUUAGUUGAAAAAGGUCGUCGAAUUGUAGCACAACAAAUUGCAUUAUUUCGUGAUCAAAAAAAUCAUCAUAUUCAAAAACUAUUGCUAUUGUCACAACAAAAAGAUCGUUCUAUGAAGAAUACUGUUAUGAAAGAAUCAUUGGUGAAUAAUAAAAUGAAUGAAGAUAAUGGACCACAUUGUCGUCGAUGUCGUAAUCAUGGACAGAAUAUUUCAUGGAAAGGACAUAAAAAAACAUGUCCUUAUAGAGAAUGUUAUUGUAAUCAAUGUAUAUUAAUAUCAUUGCGUAAAUCGAAUGAAAAGAAUUUAAGAGAAGUAACUCAAGAAUUUAUUGAUAAUCAAUCAGAAAGUGGAGAAAAGAAAACAUCACUGAAGCAUACUUCUGCCAGUUUCAAUGAAAAACAAAAGAUUAUUAAUUCAAACUUCAAUUUAACCACUUCAGAAGAUAAUCGUCAUCAUCAUCAUCACAAUGCUACAUGUAAUCCAUACUCAAAUAACUAUUCAGUCACUUCUUAUGGUGAAACCUGCAAAGCUCAAGAUUUAUUUUAUCAACCUUCAACGAAUAACACAUGUAUAAAUUCAUUAAUCCAUCAUUUAGUAAGUUCGUCAGCUACCACAAUCUCCGAUCCACUCGGUACAAUACAUAACAGUCAAUGUGAAAAUAAACAAACUUAUUCCUCCACUUCAAAUACAUUGUCACAUUUAAAAACUUGUGAAAAUCCUAGUCUUCAACCUUUAAUUCCUCGAGAAACAUUCAACAACACCACAAAACCGUUUAAUUUUCCGGAAAAUAUCGAUUCUUUCAGUUUUCAUAAACAUGAAUUCAUUCCCCAAGAGAUACCGAAUAAUACAGAAUCUAUGCUUCAAAAUAAUCACAGCUAUUUGUCAUUAUUUCAUUGCCCUACUUCAUUCAUCUCAACAACAAAUAGAAAUCAAGAAGAAUCAAAUCAUCAUACAAGUCAAUUAACUGAUAUUAAUUCAACAACACAAUCACUUCAUCAUUCAAAUGUCAACAUUGAAUCUUCAUUAAUGAAAACAAACUAUGAAACAAUGAUCAAUUCAAAUGAUUCAGAUAUACCAUACUUUUCAACUAAUCAAUCUGUUGAAAAGAAUAAAUCCGUAUUAGAAACUAAAUAUAAUGAAAAUUGUAAAACAGAAUAUUUCGUAAAUAAUAAUAUUAAUAAUAAUACACAAAAUGUUUUUCGAAAUUUUAUCGAUUGUGUAAACCCACCGACCAAUGAUUAUUACAAAUGUUCAAAUGAACAAUUUAAAACAACAAACUAUUCAUAUACAUCACAACUUAACAAUGAAUACAUUGCUGCUAGUAAUGUUUGUCAUUUACAAGAAUAUUAUAAAUCAACAACAACAACACCAUCUAAUUCUCGAAUAUUAUCAUCAAAUACAUUUCAAAAUACAAUGACAGAUUAUAUGCAUUAUUCUGAUGAUAAGCAUCGAACAUAUCCUUCGAAUUAUCUCCUGCCAUCUUCAACAAAUCUUGAUGGGGAUACACUAAUUCGACCAAACACAAAUCAUGCUGCUGCCUUAGCUGCAGCGGCAGCUGCCGCUGUUGCAUUUCAUCAUGAAGUAGUCAGUCAACAAAAGCAUCAAGAAGACUAUUGUCAAUUCCAUGAUGAUGAUGGCGAUAGUCGACUGCAACGACAAAACCUACUCACUACUACCAAUAAUACUAUUACAACUACUAACAAUACUAUGCAUGAUAGUAGUAAUUAUGCGAAUCCUAUUAAAGAAGAGUUAAAUGCUGUAGUAGUUCAACAAGAGUCAAUUAAUUCACCAUUCAAAUUCUUAAAUAUGUCAAAUAUUUUAAAUGAUAAUGAUUAUGUUAAACAAAAUUAUUAUUCAAAUGAUCCGUUAUUUAUUACAUCACCAUUGUUACAAUCAUUUCAAACAAAUUAUACACAAAAAUUGACAAAAUCAAAUGAACAAUGUUUAAAUGCUUUGAAAAAUCAAACAAAUUCAUUCAAUAUUCAAAGUGAUUUAAACAAAUUUCACAGAAGCUGUAAUUCGAAUUGUAACAGUUUAAUGAAUUAUCAUUCAUUGAAUUUAAACAGACAACAACAACAGCCAUAUUCAACUAAAAAUACAUUGAUUCCUCACCAUCAUCAUCAUCAUCAACAUGAUACUACUAUGAAUAAUAUGAGUAGAAAACAAAUAUCAACUAAAAAAAAUGAUCAAAUAAUUGAUUUUAUGCAAUCUAAUCAACAAUCAUCUCCAGAACAAUUAAAUCAUGUACAAACUAUUCAUCAACAUAAUUCUAAUGUACAUAUUAAUCAAGAGAUUAAUAAAUUACAAAUAAUUCAUUUGACUAAUGCAAUUAUAUUACCAUCAAAACAAUCUGCUUUAAGACAAAUACCAUAUGAACAAGAGAAUAAUAAGAAUGGAUGGUCAACAUGUUAUCCCGAUGUUCGAUCCACUUCACUAACACCACCACCACAACAACAACAACAACAGCAAGACAGUGAUAGACUAUCGAGUGAAUGUAAUAAUCUAAUGAAAAAUGUUGAAUUAUCAAGUAAUUUAUUUAAACAUGUAGGGAUUAUGAAGCAUGAGUGA